CUGACUUGACAGUAAAAGAUGUGAUCACGUUUGGCUAAAUCUAAAGAAAAACAAAAAGCAUCACCGUAGACAUUUGCAAAAAGAAGAAAUGAUCCGGAGCCAUCGUAAAAUUCAGACCGUGGUUUUAAAAGAUGAAGUAACGCAGCGGAGAAAAGACAAGGAUCAGCAGAAACUCUGGACAAAUCAGGAUGGACUGCAGCAUCAUGGUCAGGAGGAGGCUGAUGAAGAAGAACCUCAGUCCUCAGAAACUAUGAGAAACCUAGAUCCUGACGAUGAUUCUUCAGAGUCUUCUGAACCAGAGACCGAUGACAGUGAGAAAGCUCCAAGGAAACGAUUCAGUUGCUCCAAAUGUGGUAAACGUUUCAUCACCCAGAGGUCUCUGCGGAGACAUGUGCCCUGUCACGAAGAAGAAAAGACUCUCAGCUGUUCAGUAUGUGCAAAAUGUUUCCGAUGCAAUUCAGAGCUGGUGAAGCACAUGAGAAUCCACACAGGAGAGAAACCAUACAGUUGCAAUCUGUGUGGAAAAUGUUUUGCACGGAGGGAAUCGGUAGUUAGCCACAUGAAGACUCACACGGGAGAAAAACCAUUUGGUUGCUCCUUUUGUCCAAAACGUUUCAGAAGUAAGCAGCACGUGGAGACACACACCAGAAUCCACACAGGAGAUAAGCCGUUUGCUUGCAUGUUUUGCAACAAAUGUUUCUGUAGCAAGUCUGAGGUGACCCGACACACCAGAGUCCACACGGGACAGAAGUCUCACAACAUGUAUGACGUGGAGCAGAUGAACAAGGAAGAGGUUCCUCCUAAACAAAUGGACCAGGAGGAUCCAGAUUUUCAACACAUUAAAGAAGUAGAGGAGGCGGAUAUCAAAUGUAGUCCUGUCUUUGAGAAGGGUGAUGAUGAUGACGACGACGAAGAACCCCAAUCCUCACAGUCAGCUGAGCACACACAAACAAACACAGAUAGACCACAACCAGUCUUGGAUCCAGAUUGUGAUUUUCACACAGGUACUGAACAUGAAGCUUUACGUGCUUCUGAAUUCGAGAGUGAUGACAAGUGGAAAGAGCCCACUGAACCUCAGUCAGGUUUAAAGUCAGGAAAAAAGAAUCACUGUGAAGACAGUGAAGGUCGGAACAGCAAACCAUUCCACUGCAUGUGCUGUGGGAAAGGAUUUGACACCCAGAAGUCUGUGCAGAGACACAUGUUGUCCCAUGAAAGUGAAAAAACUCUGUGCUGUUCUGUUUGUAAGAAUUACUUUCGCUGCCCUUCAGAGCUUGUGAAGCACAUGAGGAGCCACACCAGAGAGAAAACGUUCAGCUGCUCACUUUGUGGGAAAAGUUUCACUCGUAAAGAAUCUGUGGUUCGUCACAUGAAGAGUCACACAGAAGAACGUCCGUUCACCUGCUCAUUCUGUCUGAGGGCCUUCAGGAGUAAACAGCACCUUAUUGCACAGACCAAAAUUCACAGGGGAGAAACCGUUUGGCUGCUCACUUUGUGA